AUGACGCCGGAGGACCAGGAGGAGACACAGCCGCUCCUGGGGCCGCCCGGCGGCAGCGCUCCCCUCAGCCGCCGGGUCUUCCUCGCCGCCUUCGCCGCCGCCCUGGGCCCGCUCAGCUUCGGCUUCGCGCUCGGCUACAGCUCCCCGGCCAUCCCGAGCCUGCGCCGCGCCGCGUCCCCAGCCCUGCGCCUCGAUGACGCCGCCGCCUCCUGGUUCGGGGCCAUCGUGACCCUGGGAGCCGCGGCGGGGGGCGUGCUGGGCGGCUGGCUCGUGGACCGCGCCGGGCGCAAGCUGAGCCUGCUGCUCUGCACCGUGCCCUUCGUGGUCGGCUUUGCAGUCAUCACCGCGGCCCAGAACGUGUGGAUGCUGCUCGGGGGCCGCCUCCUAACCGGCCUGGCCUGCGGUAUUGCCUCGCUCGUAGCCCCGGUCUAUAUCUCUGAAAUCUCCUACCCCUCAGUGAGGGGGCUGCUGGGCUCCUGUGUGCAACUGAUGGUCGUCAUAGGCAUCCUCCUGGCCUAUCUAGCAGGCUGGGUCCUGGAGUGGCGCUGGCUGGCUGUCCUGGGCUGCGUGCCUGCGUCCUUCAUGAUGCUGCUCACGUGCCACAUGCCCGAGACCCCGCGCUUCCUGCUGACCCGGCAGAGGCGCCAGGAAGCCACGGCCGCUAUGCAGUUCCUGUGGGGCUCUGAGCAGGUCUGGGAGGAGCCCCCUGUCGGGGCUGAGCACCAGGGCUUCCACCUGGCCCAGCUGAGGCGUCCUGGCAUCUACAAGCCCUUCAUCAUCGGCAUUUCGCUGAUGGCCUUCCAGCAGCUGUCAGGGAUCAAUGCUGUCAUGUUCUAUGCAGAGACCAUCUUUGAGGAAGCCAAGUUCAAGGACAGCAGCCUCGCCUCGGUCAUCGUGGGCGUCAUCCAGGUGCUGUUCACGGCCAUAGCGGCCCUCAUCAUGGACAGAGCUGGGCGGAGGCUGCUCCUGACCUUGUCAGGUGUGGUCAUGGUGUUCAGCACCAGUGCCUUUGGUGCCUACUUCAAGCUGAGCCAGGGCGGCCCCAGCAACUCCUCACACGUGGACCUCUUGACGCCUCUCUCCAUGGAGCCCGCCAGCGCCAGCGUGGGGCUGGCCUGGUUGGCAGUGGGCAGCAUGUGCCUCUUCAUCGCCGGCUUCGCCGUGGGCUGGGGGCCCAUCCCCUGGCUCCUCAUGUCUGAGAUCUUUCCUCUGCACGUCAAGGGCAUGGCCACUGGUGUGUGUGUCCUCACUAACUGGUUCAUGGCCUUCCUGGUGACGAAGGAGUUCAGCAGUGUCAUGGAGGUGCUCAGGCCCUACGGAGCCUUCUGGCUUGCCUCCGCCUUCUGCAUCUUCAGUGUCCUUUUCACUUUGUCCUGUGUCCCGGAAACCAAAGGAAAGACUUUGGAGCAAAUCACAGCCCAUUUUGAGGGGCGGUGACAACCCCUUCUCGUGAGUGGCUGUCCCCUCCUUGCAGGGCCAGUUUUGGGCUUCAGUGGGGGGCGGAGCCCGCCUGUGACUCCAAGCUGGGCCUCAGCCAGAGCCUGGAGCCCCUGCCUGUCCCCAGGGAGCUGGAAUCCAGGACCGCAGCCCCUUGGAGCCUUGUCCUCCAUGGCCCUUCCUUCCUACCUGGCUCUCUACAGCCCAGCGGACCAUGGGUAUGAGGUUCCCGGCCCCUGGGCCCAAUUCCUGCCACCCCUCUGUGACUCCGGAGGAGGGAACAUCCUGGAGGGGCCUUGUUGCCCUGUGGUCCUUCAUCCACAGGCCAUCUCCAUCUUGCCAUGAAAGCAACAGCAGAGGAGGGAGACUCUCGACUCCUCCUUUUCUGGAGGAGAUGCUUUUGAGGGGUGGUCCCUGGUUUCUCCUCUCCGUGGCUGCAUUAUCAGGAAGGAGUUUUGUUUGCCAAAUAAAGAUUUGACUCAGAAAAA